GAAACAAACACUUGAAAAGUUUUAAAUAUUUUUUCAAUUUCAAAAAAAUCUACGCAAGAAAAACCAAAUUACUUUAUUCAAUCAAGUUUGGAAUUGUUUUGAAGAAAAAAAAUGGAUCGUUUUUCACCAAAUCAAGUACCAACUUAUCAUGUUGAACAUCUGGCAACAUUUUCAACAUCAUCAUCACCAUCACCAAAUUCACCGACACCCCAAACAACAACAACAACAACAACAUUAUCAUCAUCAUCAUCAUCACAUUCACAACAUGAUGAUCAACAACANCAACAACAUGUAACACCUCGUAUGGCAUUACAACGUUUAUUUAAAAUGGAAAAAACAUCCGGUAUUUGGACACAAAGAAUGGCCAUACAAUUGAAAGGAAAUCAUAUGUGGAUAUUGGAUGGUGAAACCAAUGAUGUUGUUGAACGUUUUCCGGUUGCAUUCAUACAACAGCCAACAUCAUUUAAUGAUCAAAAUCAUAUCUAUAAUAAUAUAUUAAUAUUUACAGUACAAUUACCUAAUGAAAAUCAAGGAGAAUUACAUAUAUUUCAAUGUGUAUCACAUGAUGCUAUCAAUGUUGUUGAUGAUAUUUAUCAUUGGAUGAAACAUUAUGGUAUUUUAGUGGCCAACAAUAAUAAUCAUCAUCACCAUAAUAAUAAUAAUAAUAAUAGUCCAACAGGAGAAAAAACCAAUAACAACCAUAAUCAUCAUAAUCAUAAUCAUCAUCAUCAUCAUCAUUCACAUCAUCAUCAUCCGCAUCCACAUCAAUCCGGACCAUCAAGUAAUGUAAAUGUUAAAGAAGCUGUUAAUGUAUUCAAUCAGAUUGCAGCACAAAGAGAAAAAAAAGGAGCUUCAAACGAUUCAAUACAUCCAUUACCAACAACAACAGCUGGACAACAAUCAUCAACUAUACCAACAACAUCCGGUACAUUAAUUGUACAGGAUAUUGAUUCACGAUCUGAUUCAAGUUCAUUUGUUGAAUCACAACAACAACAACAACGUCAAGAAAUGACAUCACCAUCACAAUUACAAAGCCAUCAUCAUCAUCAUCAUCAUCAUUCAAACGGUAAUUCACAUCAACAACAUCAUAAUCAUCAUAAUAAUCAUUCUCGUAAUCACGACAUGAAUGAGAGCUAUUCAAAUGAACGAUAUGUAUCCAUAUUGAAUCAUUGUUUUGAUGAUAUUGAAAGAUUUAUUAUACGAUUACAACAUGCAGCUGCAGCAUUAAGAGAAUUACAGAUUCGUAGUCAUAAACGUGGAGCUAAAGGAUCUGGUGAUGGAUUAUUAGCCAUACGUGCACGUGGUCCAUGUGAAGAAGAAUUUUUUGAAAUAUUUUCCAAAUUUAAAUUGGCAUUUAAUUUAUUGGCCAAAUUAAAAGGCUGUAUACAUGAUCCGAAUGCACCGGAAUUGGUACAUUUUCUUUUCACACCUCUUGCCAUUAUAAUUGAAGCUUCUCGUGCAAAUGAGCCACCAGUGGAUCCAUCUUUAGUUGGAAUUCCAUACUUAAGUCCGGAUGCUAUUGAAUUAUUAUCAAAUUGUUGUACAAGUAAAGAAUUUGAUUUAUGGCAAUCGCUUGGUAAUAAUUGGAUACAAUCAGUUAAACAUAUUCGUAUGACAAGCCCAUUUCAACCGAUAUUCACUGAUGGUUGGGCACCGGCUAUUACCGAACCAGAGUUAUUAGGAAUAAUAACACCAACAACGAUGGUAACAGAAAUUGAUACAGAUCCAGAGGAAAUUAUUACAUCACGACCUUCGAUGCCAAAUAAAUCUCGUAGUCACAGUCAUCCAACCAGUUUUGAUGAUAGUGAUUAUGAAGAUCAACAACCAACAAAUAUUAAUAAUGGUGAUAAUAAUCCUCGAAUCAUUGCUCAUCAUUCAUCAACACGAACAACACCGACAUCACAUAAUCAACAUGGUCGACCAUCACCAUCACCAAUCGAUUCGAUUGAUCGUGAUGAUCAAUCACCAUCAUCAUUAUCAUUGGGAAUGGUUAAUCAUAAUAAUAAUAAUGGUAGUGGUGGUGGUGGUGGUGGUGGUCAACAACAAACUAUCGAUGCUGAACAAAUGGAAUGGCUUGGAGAAUUACAAUCACGAAAUGCCAAAAUUGUUCGUGUUUUAUUUCCACGUACAGCCAAUAAUAAUAAAGAGCUAACUGUAGUCAGAGGAGAAAUUCUUGAAGUUCUUGAUGAUUCACGUAAAUGGUGGAAAGCAAGAAAUUCACAUGGUCAAAUAGCACAUGUACCACAUACUAUUGUUGGUGAAAUUGAACCGCAAACAAUAAUGAUGAUGAUGUCUGCCAAUAAUAAUAAUAAUCAUCAUCAUUCAAUUGCUGGUCCAUCUACAUCAUCAACCGGACAUCAUCAUCAUCAUCAACAUGGACCAUCAUCAUCAUCAUCAUCAAUGAUGAUGACACAAGAUGAUUGGAUACGUCGUGAACGUCAAGGUAAAAAAGGAGAAUUCCGUUAUUUUUAAUGAUUCACUGAAAAACAAAAAUGAUGUGGUUUUUGCCACAUACUGCUUUAUCGUAUGAUCAUCCUCAUCAACAAAUAAAUUUGGCUUUUGAAUCACAUUUUUUUCCUG